UUGCAAGCAAGUAUUUGGGAGCAUCUGGGAGUGUAGAGGAUUGUUGAAACAAGAGAGAUUGUUUUGCUAAUUCCAGAGCAGCAAUGCAGGACAGUGAGUGCAUUGGUCUUCAGCUGGGACUUCAUUUGGAUAGAAAGAACACCUAUCUAAUUUUUUCAAUGUGCUUGGUUAUCAAACAAGAAGAAAAAUAGUAGAGAUUCUAAUGAAUAUCUCUGAAGUGGAGAGGAAAGAAAAGGAGAGCCUGUGAUAACUGCUUAUGAUAAUCCAGUUCUUGAGAAACCAUAGUAUUGAGAGAAGAUUUCAAGAUACUAAAUCUUAGAGAAAUGGCUUUCAUUUGUUUGGAUCUCAGAUGCCUAUUUAUCUUUUUAAUUUGCACAGAAUUUAGCUCUACUUUCUCUUCAAGCACAGAAAUAAAAGUUAAUCCUCCUCAGGAUUUUGUGAUAGUGGAUCCUGGAUAUUUAGGUUAUCUUUAUUUACAAUGGCAACCUCCACUGGCUCUGGAAAAUUUUAAGGAAUGCACAAUAGAAUACAAAUUACAGUACAGAAACAUCAAUAGCGAAAGAUGGAAAACCAUCAUUACUAAGAACCUGUAUUAUAAAGAUGGGUUUGAUCUUAACCAAGGGAUUGAAGCAAAGAUACGCACACUUUUGUCAAGGCAAUGCACAAAUGGAUCAGAAAUUCAAAGUUCAUGGUCAGAAGCUACUUACUGGACAUCAGAACAAGGAAGUCUGGAAACUAAAAUUCAGGACAUGGUUUGUGUAUAUUACAACUGGCAAUAUUUAAUCUGUUCUUGGAAACCUGGCGUAGGUGCACAUUUGGAUACCAAUUACACCUUGUUUUAUUGGUAUGAGGGCUUGGAACAUACAUCACAGUGUGUUGAUUAUAUCAAGUCUAAUGGAGUAAAUGUUGGAUGCACUUUUCCCUCUUUGGAGUCAUCAGACUAUAAAGAUUUCUUUGUCUGUGUUAAUGGAUCAUCAGAAUCCAAGCCUAUCAGAUCCAGCUAUUUCAUUUUCCAACUUCAAAAUAUAGUUAAACCUUUGCCACCAGACUAUCUUAAUCUUACUGUGAAGAAUAUAUUUGAAAUUAAUCUGAAAUGGAGCACACCUAAAGGACCCAUUCCAGCUAAGUGUUUCAUUUAUGAAAUUGUGCUCACAGGAGAUGAAACUUCCUGGAUGACCACCACAAUUGAAAAUGAAAUCCGCAUCCCGAGAACAUCAAAUGAAAGCCAACAACUCUGCUUUUUAAUAAGAAGCAAAGUGAAUAUUUAUUGCUCAGAAGAUGGACUUUGGAGUGAGUGGAGUGACGAAGAAUGCUGGAUAGUAGAUGGCGUACGGACGAAAACUAUGGUAUUUUUUGUGAUACCAUUUAUUUUUGUUUCAUUUUUUAUUUUAUUAACAACUUGUCUGCUUUUGUAUAAACAGAAAGCUGUACUGAAAAAGAUUUUUCUCACAAAAAAAGAAGCUUUUUCUCAUCAAGAGACACUAUGCUGACUUAUCAAUUUCUAGUUAUAUGGCUGAAGGUUAAAACGAGUUUUAUUAAAUGGAACUUCAAAUGUUGAUUACAUCUUACUGUAAAACUUUGUUGCAUCUAAAUAAGUUUUAAAGUACUGAAACCCUCAGCUAGUAGUAAAUUUACUGGAUUUUAUGAAGUUUUUGUUUUCCUCAUAAAUCUGUAGAGAUAGUGAUGCACAUAGAGAAGUCAAGGGAUAGGUGAAAUUUCUAUUCAAUGAUGUAUUAAUAAAGUGUUAUGAUUUUCCAACUUUC